AUUUGGCGGAGUUGGAGAUCACAUCAUCACAUAGAGUAACUAAAAAGAGCAUUGACAAACUCCAACCGCAGAUCAACGGUAGAAGAAGCUACCAGGCAACUGUCCAUCCAUGGCGGCCUUGCUUCGGUUUGCAGCGAGGAAGGUCUGCAGCCGCGCCAGCCUUGAGCGACUACCGCAGGUCAGCUUCACUGCGACCACGUCGCUUGCCGUCGUAAAGGAGCUGGAACAGCAGCGGACGCUGCCCUGGACGAUUCUUUUCCAUGGCCGGGUGAGCUCGCUUCGCUGGUUCAGCAGCUCCUCCGAAUCACCAGACAAGAUCCUUGCGGCACAAGUGGAGGACAAGAAAGAAGAGCUGCGCCAUCUUCUUCGUGAGCUGGAUGUGCUCCGCACCCAGAAAUGCGCCAUCGCCGCCAGGGAGAAGGAGAAAAAAGUUUCAGAGAAAAAGAAACAUAAGGAGAACAAGAAGCUCCUCCACCUGCUUUCAUUGGGCGACCCACUAUAUCAGCUGCAUCGUCAGGGUAUUUAUGUUACUUGAUGUGUUCUUCUAGUC